AUGCCAGGAUUAUAUCCAUUGCCAUUCAACGAACAAGUUGUUUUCUUUUACAAUAUUGUUGCAGCCACUUUAUGGUUUUGCUGUUUCGGAAGGUUUCUUAUAUUGCUUCCAUUAGUAGGUCGAAGAUUUUUACCAGGGGGAAUUGCUGAUUUCUUUCACGUUGUUUCAUUACUACCGUUGAUAGGAUCAAUAGUUGUUAAACUUGCACUUUAUCCUAGAUGGAAGAAAUCAUAUUUAUGGUCAUUACUGAAUGGGAUCAAGAUGGCAUGGCUUUGUUAUGGGGUUAUUUUCCCACACCCAAGAAUUGCUAGACAUACUUCAUAUUCAAUUUUGAUUACUUCUUGGUGUAUUCAAUAUUUCAUCCAUUAUUCAUACUAUGCAUUUAGAGUUAAAACUAAAAGAAGUCCACUUUUCUUGCUUUGGUUCGAAUACAAUAAUUUCUAUUUGACAUAUCCAUUUGCAUUAGUUGCUGAAAUGAUACUUCUAUUCUUAAGCCUUGGUUUUGUUGAAGAAGAUCUGAUUUAUGACUAUGUUCUCAGAGGAGUGUUUUUAUUAUAUAUACCAGUGGCAUAUUUUGCAUGGGGUCAUUUGAAGGAACGAAAGAGAGUUAAGUAUACCGAAGUUUUGGAAAAGAGAAAUGUUACACGUAUUAGAAAUAAUCAAAAUGGUUCUUCAAAUGCUGCCAAUCCUACUACAGCAACAUCUAUAGAAUUAAGAGAUAUACAAGAUAACUAA